AUGAGUAAUAUUUGAGUAAAAAAGUGAAGUAGUAAUAAUUGAAUUGAGUGACUAUUGUAAUUAAUAUAAAAAAUAUGUUUAAGAAGGGGACAAAUAUCCGAGAUUUAUUUGCAGAGAAUGAGAAACCAAUUUAGAUAGUAUUAAAAUGUAGAGCAUCAUAAGAAAGUAAAAGUGAUUAUGAAUGUAGUGCUAUCUUUAGUGAGUGUGUCUCCAAAAUUAAUGGAAUAACCAAAAUUAAGUGUUCUUGUUUGUUAAGCUGAGAUGCAUAGUCCUGAAACAAAGACAUAUUGUUUGGGAGAGUUAAAAACAACAAAGAGAAAACCUUUAUCACAUAGCAAUAGUAUAAUAAUAAAGGUAGAAUGUAUAAAGUUUAAGUUUAAGUGUACAAAUUUAAGUACAAAAUUAAUGUAAUAGUUAUGUUGGAAAGAUAAAUUAUACAUUAAAAUUAGUAAUAGGAUGGGGUGGAUUUGGAAAGGUGUGGAAAGUAGAACAUAAGAGAUCUAGAUAAAUCUAUGCAAUGAAAGAAUAGCAAAAAAGCUAAGUAAAUAGGGUUGAGGACUUAGAUUUUAGGGAAAAAUUCAGUAAAUCAGUGUUAAACAAGUAGAAUUUACUUUAGAAGUUGAAAAAUCCAUUUAUAGUAAAUAUAGUGGCAGCAUUCCAAUAUAGAGAGACCUUAUAUUUAGUAAUGGAUUAUCUUUCAGGAGGAGAUUUAAGAUUUCAUUUGAUAUUGAAUAAAUCAUUUAAAGAAGAUUAAAUAAGUAAGAUUAUUAUUAUUAUAAAUAAUAAAGAAUUUUUUAUGGGAUGUUUGAUUUUAGGAUUAGAAUAUAUGCAUAAUAAUUAAAUAAUUCAUAAAGAUUUAAAACCAGAAAAUCGAGUAUUUGAUUAAUAAGGUUAUUUGAGAAUAACAGAUUUAGGAAUAGCAAGAUUACGUAAAUUAGAUAAUCAUAAUGAAACAAGUGGAACUCCUGGUUAUAUGGCACCUGAAGUAUUACUUAGAUAGAAUAAUUCUUAUGGAGUUGAUCAUUUUGCUUAAGGCGUUAUGACUUAUGAAUUAAUUACUGAUAAAAGAUCUUACAUUGGAAGAUCUCGUAAAGAAGUAAGAGAUGAAAUACUUGGUCGAUAAGUAUACUUAACUUAAAAAGAAUGUCCCAAUUAUUCUUCAUCUC